UCAUAAUACAGAUAGCUAUGGUCUAGUCGGAAGGUCGACUACGAAAGCAUAUCCGGGUCUUUUGCUGUUACUCAGAGCUGUCUUCACAUGUAGCCUAUUACUAAAGUUUAAAGACAAAUUGAGUAACACAUUUUCUUUCGAAAUAAGUUUAUCAUUCUGUUGAUCAUAUACUAAUAUAUAUGCAAGUCUUACAUAUUCGCUAGAUAAUUUAAAUUUUCUGCUGAGGAAAAAGAAACAAUAAUUAUGGCGACACUUGAGCAUACCGUUUCGCGCGGUUUACAGUGUCCAGUUUGUUUGAGUUUGCUAAAUGAUCCCAAACAACUAUCAUGUACACAUACGUUUUGUCAAAAAUGUAUCCGAGAUAUUCUAGCGUGCUCUUUACAGAAUAGUACUGUAACUUGUCCAUUAUGUAGAAUCAAAACAAAUGUCGCGGAUGGAAAUGUUGCCAAUCUUAAAACUAAUGUACAUGUUAAGUCACUUGUUGAUGACGUCAGGAAAAGCAAACAACUAUGUGACAUGUGUGACGAGCAAUCAAGAGCCGCACACUUCUGUUGCGAUUGUGGUAAGAACAUGUGUAACGCAUGUCUGCAAGCUCAUAACACAUGGAAACCACAUCUUAAACAUGAAGUAGUGAGCGUUGAAGACAUCAGAGAGGGUAGGGUAGUCUUAAAGAAAAAGGUUUACUGUCAAGAAGAAGUACACCAAUCAGAAGAGUACGAAUGCUCUGAUGUAUGCACGACAUGUAAGAAGCUUAUUUGUAUGAGAUGUCGCAUGCUCUACCACGAGAAAACAGGCCACGAUGUGCAAGACUUAAGAGAGUACAAUUCGUCUUUCACAGAGAGUUCUGAAUUACUUCAGGGUCAAGGAAAGACAAAAGCUACAACAGUCAAGAAUCAUAUGAAGUGUAUUGAUAAUCAAAUUAAACGUGUCGAUGAUCACAUUGAUGCGGAAAAUGCGAAGCUUGACAAGAUUUGUGAAGAAGCUAUCAAGAAAAUAAAAGAGAGGAAUGCUACCUUGAAAAAGCAACUAGAAGAUCAGAGAGAAAAAUUAUGCAAGAGUUUAAAUGAUAUGAACAUUGAUGAUAAGAGGUUGGUUAAGAGUAUUGAGAGUGCGAGUGAAUUGCUGAGUAAUACUUUGAAAGCCCCACUAGAAGGAGAUGUUGUAGCAAUACGUGAUUCAUUGUCUGGUGAAUUGAAGAAUGUAUUAGAUAGAGAUGAUCCAAAGGUAAAGGUUGCUAUUGAUGUAGGUGAUCAUGCAGAGGAACUGACGUUUACACCAAGUUGCGAUCCUGAUACAUUAUCAAUGGGGGAACUGAGGUUUGUGAAAUGUAAGCCGAAAUGCAAUGCAGCACUCUCAAAGAAUGACGCUAUGAAUGGCAUAGCUGCUACCAAUAAUGGUAUGGUGGCAGUUGGUUAUAGUACAGGAGGGAUCGAUAUAUUAUCUGCUGAUGGUCAGCUGCAGAAGACAGUCAUAAAAAAUGUAAAGAUACGUGAAGUAGGAUUCCUCUCUGAUGGCCGUUAUUGUGUACGUGAUGCACAUAAUAAGAUAUCACUGUACACAUCAGAUGAAGAGAAGCAGGAUGUGACAUUUGAUACUAUAGGAGAUAGUCAAGGUGGGUUUGGUGGUCUCACUGUAGACAGCAAUGAUCUGAUCUAUGUUAGCUACAGGAAAGCUAAGAAGAUCCAGGUAUUCUCACCAUCAGGUGGGAAGGCUAUCAGGGAGAUACCAUGCGAUUGGUAUGGACCUGCACAAAUCACAAGUUAUGGUGAUUCGUUGAUCGUCAAGCAGUUUAUGAAUGAAAUAAUACGUAUUGAUGGAAAGGGUGGUGUAAUGCAUAAAUUAACGAAACCAGGGGAUAAUAGCCUCUUUGCUGAUGUGAGUAAAGACAAUACAAUCCUGAUUGCCCAUGUAAGACACGAGGAAGGUCUGCUCAAUAUUGAUGAGUAUACCGGUGAGCUGAAACACAUCAAGACUCUUAUAUCUGAUUACAAUAUUGAGAAACCGGAAAGGCAAUGGUAUUACCUUAGACAGUUUCAAUCAGGAGAGAUAGCUUUCUGUACACCGGAUAGGCUCUAUGUAAUCAACCUAGUUACUAGUGAAGUUACCUCGUAAGAAUAUUAUGUUUCGACCUUCAAGCGCCAAUUAUUUUCCUACUUUACAAAAUCAUCAAUUCACCAGUAUCAAUGUUAAUCUUGGUAGUUAUGUUCCAUUGAUGUCAAGAAUCAAGAAUCUUAAUUCAUUCCAUUCGAUAAAAUAAUCACGUGUACAAAAGAAUAGUAAAACGCAAAAGUACAUGAUAUACAACCAAUAAACAAUUCAUAAUUAUUACACAUAGAGGAGCGUAAUCGAAUGAAAUAUGGCACUCUCCAAAAGUUAGAAAAGAAUUGAACGUCAUUUGAGGAAGCUCUGCCCAAAGUUGUAUCCCAACUGUAUCAUUUUUAACAGUUUCAGGCAUGUCUGGUUAGUGGUUACGUAGAUUUCACUACUCCUACAUGAAUAUUUACCAUUCUUAACAAAAUAGAGUUUGAGCGUUUAAUACUGAAAUUUCCAUUUUUAGUAGAAAAUAUUUGAACAAAGUAAUUUCUUUCUUUGAAAUUAUAAUUAAUUUUACACAUUACACAUAUUUCUUAUUUAGAAAGAAAUAUGUUCCAACAUAAAUACAUGUGUAUGACAUCAAAUCAAUAUUGAAAAGUGAAAUACAACUGAAUACGUUGAUUAUUCAUAGGGGCGGAUCCAGGAUUUUCCAAAGGAGGGGGGGCAAAUUUUUCGGAGGAAAAUUUCAACCAGCAAAUUAAAAAAGAAAAAUAAAGGUCUUCAAUUUCAAAAGAGGGGGCACACCUCUGUUUUAAUGGAAUUUUUACAUAACAAAUUUUAAUUUUGAUUCUCAAGGUGGUGGUGGGAGGGACGGGCCGGGUGUACCCCCCCCCCUGGAUCCGCCAGUGAUUAUUCCGAAAGAUUAAAACAUAUAAUCAUUUCAUGAAUAAUGUUUACUUGCUUGAUGAAGUAAUAAAUGCUCUAUGAGAUACUAGUAGACGACUGACGUUGAAAACGUGACCAGUAAUGAGUCUGGUAUCCUUACGUACAAAUAAAAGACUUUUAAAAUGUAUGAUUUAGGUUGAGAUGGGGAUUAAUGUUUACAAGUCCAAAAUGAUGCAAGUACGUAUCUUGGGGGGAUAGGCCAUGACAUCCUCAGAGCAUAGAAAAAAGGAAAAAAUAAAACCUACAAUCUAAGAAAAUCAAAAGCAAUGAUUAGUUGCAAUAUCAAAGAGUUUGACCUCAACAAAAAAAACAGUCCACAGACAUCAGAUCAAUCCGGCUAAAAUCCGGAUGUUGGAAAAUCCUGGCGAAAGUUUGCAAAUAACUUGACUUUUCAUAGACACAAAAUUGAGAGAAGCGAUUUUGUAAACAUGAUACACGUGACGUGAUAACGGUGGAUUCCAAACUGUAGAGUAACACUUAUUUUUGUAUAUUCUUCAUCCCUACGAUGUUUGGUUUGUUUAAUAAUGCUGGUGAGCUUAUUAUAAAUUGGAAUAUAAGAAAUUCAUGCAAAUGAUGAAAAUUUACAAUAACCGUAGAUGAUUUACAAAGGUGGUGUAUAUUACUUCUAGAUGGCUUUUGCUUGUGUUGUAUACCCUUUGGGUACUAUGGUAAAUGAUUUCAAUGCAUUUAUAAGUUUAUUCAUAAUCAUUUUCAUGCCAUAUUCCUGUUAUAUGGCAUGUUCUCGAUAUUAUUAAUAACAUAAAUAAAAUCGAUGAGCAAUGACAAUAAACAUACAAGUCUAAUUCGAUGUCUAUACAAACGGAAAUAAUAAGAACCUCAAUUUCAUUCAUGACAUCUCAAAUCGGAAUAACCUUCGCUUAAAAUGUAAAACAGAAAUGUCCAAUCAUUUUGUUUAGAGCUUAAGAAUGAAGGGAGCAAUAGUGAUAACAUAAACCUGUAAUAACAUGUACAUAUUUCGUUUAAUUAUUCAUAACGUUUAUUGCACUUUUCGAUUGCAUUAAGCCGUGUAAUUAAUUUGAUCACUUAUAUUUGGUUAAUUUGAACUUCAAAUAUACCUACAAAUCUUUGCCAAUUCUUUGAGGGAUUCACAUUCAGCAGGCCCUGCUUUUUAUUGGAUACUUCGAUUUCCUCAACUUUUAUUUUAUUGAAAACAAUGUAUAAAACUAGCCUUCUCAACACAUAUUCACUGUAUAUAUCGUUAUUGAUUCUGAUUAUCACAAUAGUGUUUUACCAUAAACACUUAUCUUGUAUAGUCAUAUUGCUUACAUUGUAUGUUGAUUUGUAUAGAUUUGUACGGUUAUUACUUUGCACCUUUGAUACCAUUUAAUAUGAUGGAUAUAGUUGAGUUGAGAAGAUUGAAUAAACCAAACUUAAAACUUGAACUUGUUUUAAGAUCGCCCAAUCGAAUAAGAAAAAAGUUCAGCUUGUUUCAUACUGUUUUUCUGAAACUGUAUUGUUCAUUCUUCAUCUCGUGUAAAACACGAAGUGUAAAUUGUUGACCGAAGGUACUGUAAUCAUACAUAGCACUUACCCUUGCUAAUUCCGCAGUUAUUUCGCCAAACAAAUGUAGAAUAAAUCGACAAGUUUACUUGCAUUGUAUCUCGUUUGAUCUUCUUAAAUCAUUCAAUCAUAAAACUGAUUUUUCGAAUUUAUGACCAUCGGUUAAAAGUUUCAAAUGAACUUGUAGAUAGAAAAUAUUAGAAUACAGAUGAAUUCGAAUGGUGCCAUUGAAUCCAUGUGUUCAAGAAGAUGCUUAAGUCUCAUUUGCUUUGAUAUAUUACAUGGGGUGUUCAUUUCGUGUAGUUUUGUUUGAAGUUAUUGCCUAUUCCUGUAUUUGUUUUGGUCAUUCUGUAUAGUGCUUUAUAAGAAGUAAUUAUCAUGAUAAUAAUAAUAAUUAUUAUUAUUAUUGAAAUAGAGACCGACGAAAAGCGAGACUUGUAGAAACGCUGCCGAAUAAAUAAAAUAAAAGAGCAAACGUAGAGCAGACAUGGAAAUGGUGUAAAAAUGAAUUUUUAAGAGAUGGUGAUAAUAAAUUAUUGUAUAUAAAUAAAGCAUACGUCGGGAGGAUAAUGGGGCUUCAAAAAGCAAGGGAUAAGAGAAACAAAAAUGAAUAGGAAGAAAGAAUGACAAAAUUAAAGGUAUUAGUGGGAUGAAAGAAAGGGGAAAACAACUUAAAGGUUAUAAGAUUGUUAUCAGUUUAUCCUAUAAACUACUGUAAAGGUGCAUGGUUAUAUAUUACAUCUUAAAUAUCCAUAAAGAUUAUCAAUUCUUUUUUGAUAUGUGUAAAAUGUUAUUACGUAAUUUUGCUGUUUAAUUGUAAUGUUCUUAAGCUUAUGCUCUCCAUCAUAUUCAGCGAAAUGAAAAAAAAAGAGCUAUAGAUAGAAAAGUAUAUUAUGCAUGGGUUUGAUGUAACUCGAGACUGGAAUCAUGGUGGAUUUCAUUAUUUACUUGAAAUAUAUUGCUAAAGAUGUUUUGUAGUUGUUAAACCAAUACAAUUCUUAUGGGCCCCGUUUCAUAAAGGACUUGCAACUGUUGUAACUUUGCCAUUAUGACAACUACCAUGGAAACCUUGAUUACGAUUGGCUGCUGAGCCCUGUUACCAUGGUAGUUGCAUGAUGGCAAAGUUACAGCAGUUGCAAGUCCUUUAUGAAACGGGCCCUUGGUGUUGAUGAUUUACAUGAAUAAUAAUUUGCAUAGCGGUUUGUUUUAAAAUUAACAACUCUUUAUCUAUACGAUAUGCCGUGCUGUUUCCCCUUGAUAGAAUUUCGGUUGUUCAAUGCGGAGGGGAAAAAAUAAAUGCUACAAAGUAAUGAUUACAUUGUUUUUAGAUAUUACCUUACAUAUAUUAUUAGUGUUAUGAUGAAUUUUAAUGACACUUUUCCAUCUUUAGGUGUGCAGAAAAUCAUUGUUCUAUAGCUACCUAGUGUUCUGAAUGUUAUCUAUCAAAAUAGGAUGAGGCAGGUCAUAAGAGAUCCGUUGCAGGAAGAGUUGCAUUUAAACGCAAGUCAAAAAGUCAAUCACAAGUCCCAAAUGCGCGCUGUUGAUUGGUUGAAAAUCAAGUUGCGCAUGAUUUUUAGAGUUGCGAUUGAUCGCAACUGUUUCUGCAACGGGCCCAAUAUGUAUUAAAUGUUCUUUUUGCCUCUGUAGCUGGAAGAAAUGUAUUGAUUCUAAUCCUUUUAGCAAUUGAUUGAAUAUCUGACAAUGGUUUCUGUGUAAGUUUCUACGUAUAAUAAUCAUGAUAAUAGUGAUUGUUUGAUCAUAUUUUAUUAUUCUUUUAAUGCUUGUGGAUACUCUGUGUUUGGGAGCGGUUUGCUUGACCAUUCGUUUUGCAGUAUCACUUUUACUUUUAUAUUUUUCUUGUUAUUCUGAUUUGGAUUUGGUUUGGGAGGUUUGGGGAAGAAACCUUGUGGGUUAUGUUUUUUUUUAAGUUUACGUUUUCCAUAUCCAGGCAGCCUCUACAACUUUCUUCCAGCACAUAGUAUACACACAACAAAAAAAGGCCCCCCUUAAACAAACAUCCAUAAUUUCCGAACCACUGGGAGUUUUUAAUAUUUUUUUAACAUGAGCGAGUAGGUAAUUUUAUAGGCUACCGUCCUGGUGAAUUUUACGGACGUAUUAUAUGUUAUGUUUCAGUGAGCACCGGCAGAAUGCAAAAAUUGGCACCGAUCAAUCUCAUUUUCCCCCAAGAGUUACUUAAUGAGUGUAAAAAAAUCACCUAUGAAAUAUUAUAUCUCGAAAUUAUUCCGUUCAAAAGUUACAGCAUUUUGAUGUAGGGGGGACUUACUUUUUUGUUGUGUUUAUUUUCUUCAUGAAAUAUUCUCAUUGACUUGUUUCUAUAAUUAUGUAACUCUGUAUUCUCUGUGUAUAUCUAAAUGCCGAAUAAAUAAGAAACAACAAUGACGAUGAUGAUGAUGGUAGUAGUACACUCUUAAAAAUUUUAGGCAACAUACUGUUCACAUAACGAUUAGUUAAAACUUUAUUCAAUUCUGAGUAUUUUUAAACCAAUUAGGUGUGCUUUGGGUGAAAACUACACGGUAUUGGUUGAAAACUACCCAGUUGGAUAUUUUUGUUUAGCCAAUUGUUGUGUGAACAGUAUGUUGCCCAACAUUUUAAGAGUGUAGUAAUGACAAUGAUGAUUAUGAUAAUAAUAACGAUAGCAAUAACAAUAAAUGAAGAUACAAUUCGAUGAUCUAUGCAAGUCGCUGACAUAAAGAAUUAAAAAAAAAAUGAGGGGAGAGAAUGGAGCCGCGAGGGAAUUCCCAAUUUAUGUAUAUAUCUUUGUUCUGACAAGUGA